AUGAUGGCAUGCGGUUCCUUCCACCAACCAGCCGUCCGCGGAGAAAACAAUAAGGCUAAGCAGCGGUCAAGCUCGGGAGAUGAUGCAGCUCACACGGUACCAGCUCUGGACGCUCUUCCUCCGCAUUAUGAGAACCGCCAGAAAUUGCAACACGAAACCGAUGCAACCUCCCGUUCUUUGCUUUAUGGCUCUUUGGGUUCCAAUUAUGGAGGACUUGCUGCUGGGACAUCACCAGUGUUUGAAAGAAUUGGGUCAUCAUCAUCCCAGGCCUUUUAUCUUGAAAGGCAAAUGGUCAGUGUGGGUGUGGGCACAAGGCCAUAUAGGCCAAGAAGAUCUUGCCCAGGAUUCAGGUCUGAUGAGGAGACGGAUGAGGCUGUCUUGCUAAGGAGACAGAAGCAGAUAGACUAUGGCAAAAAUACCAUUGGUUACCAACACUUUGUCCAACAAGUCCCCAAAGCUUUUCGGCAGUCAGGUAUUCACCCCCGUACUCCAAAUAAACAUAAGAAGUACAGUCGUCGUUCCUGGGACAUGCAGAUUAAGCUGUGGCGACGGGCACUGCAUGCCUGGGACCCACCUGAGCUGAAUGCAGAAGGACCUGAAAGGGAAGUGUUUGUCAGUUUUUCUUGA